UUUGGGCUUCCAUUCCCGUCCCCGGGGUGAGAGGCCCAGAGGGCGGGAGCCGCGGGCUUGUGCUCCCGCGUCCCGUUCUCCGGGCCUUGCGCGUUGGCGCCGCUGCACGCGUGGCGCGCGCGGGGCUGACCUCGGUCCCUGCGCUGCGUCCUCUCAGGCUGCCUCCGCGAAGCGGGGCUGUCGUUGGCGCUGGAGGGAGGCACUGAGCCGCGGUUGGUUGCUGCGGCCUUGGCUUCUCCCGUGUGCGGAUGGAGUCCUUCCGGGGCCGCGGGAAGCUUCUGAUCUUCCACUCCUGAAUCCUGACUUUCGUGCUGAAUGGCGUUUAAUGGUUGCUUUACUUUGGACUACCCUGGCAACCACCAGCCAGGAGACUUGAUUGAAGUGUUCCGUUCUGGCUACCAGCACUGGGCGCUGUAUUUAGGUGAUGGUUAUGUUGUCAACAUAGCACCUCUAGAGGAUGGCAUCCCUGCAUCGUUUACAAGUGCCAAGUCUAUAUUCAGCAGAAAGGCUCUGGUGAAGAUGCAGCUCCUGAAGGAUGUUGUGGGAAAUGACACCUAUAGAAUAAACAAUAAAUACGAUGAUGCAUACCCCCCUCUCCCUGUGGAAGAAGUCAUACAACGGUCAGAGCUUGUUAUUGGACAGGAGGUGGCGUAUGACAUACUUGUCAACAAUUGUGAACAUUUUGUGACUUUGCUUCGCUAUGGAGAAGGAAUUUCAGAGCAGGCCAACCGAGCAAUAAGUACCAUUGGGUUUGUGACAGCUGCUGCUGGUGCUUUCUCAUUCCUGGGCUUGUUUCCAAGAAGGCAACAAGGAAAAUACUAUUAACAAUUUACUGAAGAGACAUUGGGACCGAAGAAUUUUGCAAAGAGGAAAAAAAGAAAACCCUGGAAUGAAUAUUUUCAGUGGGUCAUUAUUGCUCCAAAUUCCAAUGAUAGAUUGUAGGCUCUUUAAUAAAUUGCUUACUAAUAUUAUUUCAUCAUUGAGCCAAGGAAAUUUUUCUUCCUCCUAGCAUAGAUUUGCUGUGGCAGCUUGAACAAGAAGCAGUAGACUUUUGAAUGAGCCAGUAGAGAAUCUUAACAAAAUCACAUCAAAUUUUAUCUUCUACUGUAUUUCUUUCCUUUUCCCUAAAGGUUGCUAUUUUGUAUUUGUCAAAUUAUUCAAAUAAUUUGAAGAAUUAUUUGUAUAUGAUUUUGAAAGAAAGGUUAAGUGCCCCAUAUUGUUAGGGCUGACAUGUAAAUUCAUGUUCUUUGCUGGUCAGAAAAGAACCUGGACAAUUCAGUGUUUGAUUAGGCAGUUUGAAGGACUCUGAUAAGCCAUUUGUGGAUGAGCUCCCACCUUCCUGCACCUGUGUGGAGGGAGGUGGGGUGGGAGGAGGGGCUCUUUGCUCCAGUGUUUCAGACCCAGUGUGAUUUCCCUGGAAGCUACUCAUUUGUCAAGUGUAUGUGGCCAGCGAUAGUAGGCUGUUAUUUCUAAAGAAUUACAUUGUUCCUUUUGGAUUUUGAAUUGUUUCAAGGGUUUCACCUUUUAAUACUGACAGCAGAUUGUUAAAUGUAUUCCAUAUUUAGAAAACAGUAUUCCACGUUACUUUUUUCAGGCCUUAAAGGGUUGUGAUUUUAUUCUUGCAUUUUACUGAUUAUGUUUUGAAUUAAACAACUUUUUAAUACAUGUCCAAUGUAAUUCUUAUUAGCAGCAGGGAGGUUAGGUUGGUUGCAUGUCUCUAUACUCUAGGAUUGUGUCAGACAUUAUAGCAUAACCCCACAAACCACAGUACCAGCCAAUGACAUCCUUCUUUGCCAUCACCAAAACCAUGGCAUCAAAUA